AUGCAAAGUUGGUUUUCGGGAUCCAGUGAGGACGAUCUGAAGCCUUCGUCGUCUUUGCUCGCUGAUUGGAACUCAUACGCUUCUGCUCAAACCUCACAGGUUGAUGAUCCCUCCAAUUUCCCUUUUGAUAUUGAAUCGGCCGUUAGGUCUGCCAAUGACACCGUUUCCGGAACUUUCAGCGUGGUUUCCAAAGGUGUGAGAGAACUACCUGGCAGCUUCCAGUCUGCAACUAGUAGUGUUCCUUCGGGUAAAGCACUAGUGUAUUUUGGUUUGUUACUGGCAAGUGGGGUCUUCUUUGUUUUCAUAGCAUUUACGUUGUUCCUGCCUGUCAUGGUGGUUAUGCCCCAAAAGUUUGCUAUAUGCUUUACUCUUGGAUGUGGAUUUAUUAUUGGAUCAUUCUUUGCUCUUAAGGGUCCAAAGAAUCAGCUUGCUCACAUGUUGUCAAAGGAGAGGCUCCCUUUUACAUUGAUCUUUUUAGGCAGUAUGAUAGGUACCAUAUAUGUAUCAAUGGUGCGCCACAGCUACGUUCUUUCUGUGGUAUUCUCUGUAGUACAGGUUCUCUCACUUGGGUACUACGCUGUAUCAUACUUUCCCGGUGGAUCUGCUGGAAUGACAUUUCUGACUUCUGCUCUUACCUCCUCAGUAAUGAGAUGCUUUGGGAGGUGA